UUGUAAGGCCAAUUGUUAUGGAAGAAUUCCAAGUUUGGAAUCCUCCGCCCUGGGAAAACAAAUUCCAACGCCGAAAUUCCAAUUUGGUAAUCUGGUGCCGACCAAGUUAUGGGGGAAUAGGAAUCCGGAGCGUUGGGGGGGUAGAAUACGAUGCACGGAGCGGAGAAUUCAAAAAUGGGCGCGAUUCUAUGUACCGCACUCCCAGCAGACCAUCCUUUCCCUGCGGGCGGGCGUGCGUGCGUACCAUCCGCAACGAAACACCGCGAGCAUGGCCAACUUGCCCCCUGUUCUGAGCGAGUGCGAGCCAAUUGAGUCAUGGGGGGCCGAUCAGCCACGACAGGAGAUAGUGUGGUCGUGGAAUCGAUUCGUUGCCAUGGGACCGAGAGGCGGGGCCUGGACGCAUCAGCAACGCCGCCUGCUGCAAAACCCGGCCGCGUACUACGCCAACCAGUCUGUGAGGGACAAGGAUGACAUGCAGGCGCCUGACAUGCAUGCGCAUGCUGCAAACUGCAUGAGGACGUUCGCGGCUCCUGGGAUUAUUCUGUUCUUGACCCAAUCGUGCGGAUUCAGUAUGCCUCAUGGUCUCGACGCAGGAGAGCUCGGGAAGGUCUCCGAAAACGACGGUGAGUAGCUUUAGCUUAGGGAGCGUUGGCACUACACAUAUCCCUCUAUUGUUCAAAUGUGUAGGACACCACCUCGGUGCCUACAUGUAGCAAGGAUAGGCGCUGGCUGUCGACUCGGAGCACUCUGUAGUAUGUUCUCGCCGAUUUGCCCCCGCUCCGGCGGCGGUGUGGCGGCAAACGGCGGCGGCGGUGGCAACGGCGGCGUCCGCUAUUUC